UUUCAUAGGUGUAUGUGUAUGUAAUAAGAACAUCCGUCGCUUCAGUUCGCUUUGAUCGUUCGUUGCAAGGUGUUGGUUUAGUGAGUUCGAGAUUGGUUGUCCACAUAUCGUAUAUAUGGUAGAACAAUUGAUUGAAAUAAGGAAAUAAAGUGACGUGGUCUAUAAUGGCAGGAUCCAUAGAGAUUCCACUUCGCGAUACAGAUGAGGUGAUAGAACUUUAUUUAGAUCAAUUACCUGAAGGUGAUGAGGUCCUUGGCAUAUUACGUCAAGAACACGCCCAACUUAACAUCUGGGUCAAUUUGGCCCUCGAAUAUUACAAACAACAUAAAAUCGAAGAUUUUAUUAAAAUACUUGAAUCUUCACGAAUUGAUGCAAAUAUUGAUUAUCGUGAUUAUGAAAAAGAUCAAAUGCGAGCAUUGGAUAUGUUGGCGGCAUAUUAUGUACAGGAAGCCAAUAAAGAGAAGAAUAAAGAUAAGAAAAGAGAUCUUUUUACUAAGGCAACAUUAUUGUAUACAACUGCUGAUAAAAUUAUCAUGUAUGAUCAGAAUCACCUCCUUGGUAGAGCUUAUUUCUGCCUUCUUGAAGGCGAUAAAAUGGAACAAGCAGAUGCACAAUUUAACUUUGUUUUGAAUCAGUCGCCUAAUAACAUUCCCUCUCUACUUGGUAAAGCUUGUAUCGCUUUCAAUAAAAAAGACUAUAGAGGUGCGCUUGCAUUUUAUAAAAAAGCUCUGAGAACCAAUCCUAACUGUCCAGCUGCUGUAAGAUUAGGAAUGGGACAUUGUUUUAUGAAAUUAAAUAAUCAAGAAAAAGCGCGAUUAGCAUUUGAGAGAGCUUUACAAUUGGAUGGACAGUGUGUUGGAGCAUUAGUAGGACUUUCAGUUUUGAAACUGAAUCAGCAACAACCUGAUAGUAUAAGGGCUGGUGUACAGAUGUUAUCCAAAGCAUAUACGAUCGAUUCGACAAAUCCUAUGGUGCUGAAUCAUUUGGCAAAUCAUUUCUUUUUUAAGAAGGAUUAUAAUAAAGUACAACAUUUGGCAUUACAUGCAUUUCACAAUACAGAAAAUGAAGCCAUGCGGGCAGAAAGUUGUUAUCAAUUGGCUAGGGCAUUCCAUGUACAAGGCGAUUAUGACCAAGCUUUUCAGUAUUAUUAUCAAGCAACACAAUUUGCUCCAUCUGUUUUUGUAUUACCUCAUUUUGGUUUGGGUCAAAUGUAUGUUUAUCGAGGUGACGCAGAAAAUGCAGCACAGUGUUUCGAAAAAGUUUUGAAAGCUCAACCAGGAAAUUAUGAAACAAUGAAGAUUCUUGGUUCGCUCUAUGCUAACUCAAGCUCUCAGUCGAAACGUGAUAUUGCUAAGAAUCAUCUUAGGAAAGUUACAGAACAAUUUCCAGAUGAUGUAGAAGCUUGGAUUGAAUUAGCUCAAAUUUUAGAACAAAGCGAUCUUAAUGCGGCUUUAAAUGCAUAUGGAACAGCGACAAGGAUUUUAAAGGAAAAAGUUCAGGCUGAUAUCCCUCCUGAGAUAUUAAAUAAUGUAGGUGCUUUACAUUACAGGCUUGGUAAUUUGGAAGAAGCUAAAAAGAAUUUAGAAGAAUCUUUAUCUCGUUCAAAAGCUGAUGCUUUACACGAUUCUGUGUAUUAUAAUUCGAUAGCAGUUACAACUACAUAUAACUUGGCACGUCUUAACGAAGCUCUUUGCAUUUUCGAUCGUGCUGAAAAAUUGUACAAGGAUAUUUUAAAAGAGCAUCCAAAUUACGUAGAUUGUUACUUAAGACUUGGGUGUAUGGCAAGAGAUAAAGGACAGAUAUACGAAGCAUCUGAUUGGUUUAAAGAUGCUUUGAGAAUUAAUAAUGAACAUCCGGAUGCGUGGUCCCUUUUGGGUAAUUUGCACUUGGCCAAAAUGGAAUGGGGUCCAGGUCAGAAAAAAUUCGAAAGGAUUCUUAAAAAUCCUACAACCAGUACGGAUGCCUAUUCUCUGAUAGCUUUAGGAAAUAUUUGGCUACAAACGCUCCAUCAAAGUGGAAAAGACAAAGAAAGAGAAAAAAGACAUCAAGACAGAGCAUUAGCUAUGUACAAACAGGUGUUAAGAAAUGAUCCAAAAAAUAUUUGGGCAGCAAAUGGAAUUGGUGCAGUAUUAGCACAUAAGGGUUGUGUGAAUGAAGCUAGAGAUAUUUUUGCUCAAGUCAGAGAAGCAACAGCAGAGUUUUGCGACGUAUGGUUAAACAUUGCUCAUAUUUACGUAGAACAAAAACAAUUCGUUAGUGCUAUUCAAAUGUAUGAAAAUUGCUUACGUAAAUUUUAUAAAUAUCAUCACGUGGAAGUUUUACAGUAUCUUGGUAGAGCAUAUCUCAAAGCUGGAAAAUUGAAGGAAGCAAAAUUAACGCUCUUAAAGGCUCGCAGAGUUGCUCCACAAGAUACUGUUUUGCUAUAUAAUAUUGCAUUAGUGUUACAACGUUUAGCAACGCAAAUUUUAAAAGAUGAAAAGUCAACGCUUACUACUGUAUUACAAGCAGUACACGAAUUGGGUCUUUCUCACAAAUACUUCCAAUAUUUAUCUGCCCAUGGCGACAGAAUGGAACAACUAGCAGAAACAGAAGCACGAAAGUGCCAAGAUUUAUUAUCCCAAGCGCAAUACCACGUUGCUAGAGCAAGGAGACUUGAUGAAGAAGAAAAGACGCUUAGAAGAAAACAAGAAGAAGAAAGACAAGCCUUCAAGAUGCGUCAAACGGAAGAACAACGAAAGUUAGAAGAAAUACGUCGUCAGAAAGAAGAAGAAAUGCUACAAAAAAGACAAGAAUAUGUGGAGAAAACGAAAAAUGCAUUGGUAUUCGGUGAGAUGCCAUCAGAGAAACCUGGAAGAAAAGGUAAAAAGACAAGAACUGAUCAAUAUAUUAGCGACAGUGGAGGAUCUGGAAAUGACGAGGGUAGAGAAGAAGUUCCUAGAGAAAAGAAACGUAGGAGAAAAGCUAGCGGCGAGAGUAAAGAAAAGAAAGGAAGGGGUAAAGGCAAACGAAAGAGAGAUUUGGGAAGUGGAGACAGUGGUUCAGAUAGUGAUCGUCCAAAACCUAAACGUAAUAGGAAAAUUGGUAUGAAAAAAGAUAAACAGUUUCGUAAAUCCACAUCUGAUACUCCGAAAGGAAAGAUGCCUUUGUCAAAAGAAACAAUAUCAACCAGUGAGUCCGAUAGUGAUAGUGGAGGUCUUAAAAUUGCCAGCGGGGGUGAAAGUGAUAACGAUAAACGGCCAUCGGGAAGUAGAAGAAUCGUAUCUGACUCGGAGGGUUCACGUGCUUCUAGAUCACGUUCUAGAUCAAAAUCAGGAAGUCGUGCAAGAAGUUCACGUUCACGUUCUCGUUCACGUUCACGUUCACAUUCACGUUCUCCAUCUCGAUCUCGUUCUCGUUCUCAUUCUCGUUCUCAUUCACGAUCUCGAUCUCGUUCGCCUUCACGAUCUCCUUCGCGCUCAGCUUCACAUUCACCAUCACGAUCUAAAUCUCGAUCUAAAUCACGAUCUAAAUCACGAUCAGCUUCUAGAUCUAAAUCACGAUCGCCUUCCAGAUCUAAAUCACGGUCACCUUCUAGAUCUAAAUCACGAUCUAAAUCAAGAUCUAAGUCACGAUCUAAAUCAAGAUCUAAGUCGCGAUCUAAAUCAAGAUCUAAGUCGCGAUCUAAAUCAAGAUCUAAGUCACGAUCUAAAUCAAAAUCCAAAUCACGAUCUAAAUCAAAAUCCAAAUCACGAUCUAAAUCACGAUCUGCUUCUAGAUCCAAAUCACGUUCGCGAUCGCAUUCUGUAUCACGAUCUCGCUCUCGUUCAAAAUCUAAAUCUAGAUCCCAAAGUGAGAGUGAAAAAGAAAAUCAAGAAAGCCAAAGAAUUGUGUCUGGUUCAGAAGGUUCUCGUGUAUCAUCAUGCGCAGCGUCACGAUCACGAUCUCAUUCACGUUCAGUUUCUCGAUCACCAUCGCGUUCACGAUCUGCCUCUCGAUCUCCAUCUCGAUCAAGGUCAAGAUCAAGAAGUAUUUCGCAAUCAGGAAGUCCUGAUAAAUAAAUGUAUAUAUUUACUACACAUUAAUUGUGAAAAAGUUUAUAAUAAUGCUUUUUAUUAAAUAUAGUAUUUCAUCGUCACACAUUUUACGUAUUAAAACGAAUGUGAUCGAGAACAUGAUCGUGUCAAAAGAAAUUUUAUUUGUAUAGUGAUAGAAAGCUAUUUAUUAGUUGCUUGUAUUUAAUUAAUUUUUUAUACUUGUUAUAGUCUCAUUUGUUAGGAUGAAGUGCAUUCGUUUGAUGACAUAUUUUUAAUAUGAAAGGUGGAAAUAUUAUUUUGAUUCAUAUCGAUACAAUUAAUAUUUUAAACUAAAAAGUAACAACACACCACAUACCAUAAUCUAUGCAUUUAAUUGACUAUCUUAAUUGACCAUAUAGAAUAUGAUCUUAAUAUUUUGUUAUAUCAAAUAUAUAUAUAUACAUAUAUAUAUAUGUAUGUAUAUAUAUUUAUUUAUUUAAAGAUAAGUAUAAAAUGGAUAUAUGUAAUAAAAAAAUAAAUAAUUCAGAAAUAUUACUAAUAAAUAUUGGGAGUAUAUGAGUAUCUGAAAAUAAUUUAAAUUGCAAGUACUUGUACACCUCCAAUAUGUAUGUAUAUGUGUAUAUAUGUGUAUGUAUAUAUAUAUGUAUAUAUAUAAUAUAUAUAUUAUAUAUAUAUGUAUAAUAUAUAUUUAAAAUACCUUUUAAUGUUAGUUAUAAUGUAAUUUCAUGCUAUUGAGUUUAAUAUAUAUUUACUGACUUAUUUAAUUUAUUUACAUAAGUUUCAUCUUGCAGAAAAGAUACAAACUAAUAAUAGCAAUUUAUGACUAUACAAAAACCCCCAAAAAAUUAGUGAAUAUUACAAUGUAUGUAAAGAAUAUUAUUACUAUCUAUGACACAUAGAAAAAAUGCACAAAUUUAACAUAACACUUUCAAACUUCAUACUGAUUAUUUAAAUUAAAAUAUUAGCGUACUUUUUAAUAUAUAUAUAAAUCGUGCAAGUUGUAAAUAGUGAAUUUUUAAAAAACUUGACUUAUAAUAUAUAAUUCUAUCUAUGUACUAUAUUUAAAAAAUUGUUGUGAUUAUUUUCUUACAUGUAGAAAUAAUAAACAACCUAAUAACAAUGAGUAUAUCACAAAAAGACAGAUAUAAAGUUAAUCGGUGUAUUCUUUCUGCUUGUGUAUCUAUUUAUAUUAGCACAAUCUAACUCAGAUUCUGUGUAUCGAAAAUUUCUUAGUUCAAAUUAUCAGUACUUUUUAGUUAAUAAAAUACAUUAAGUUAAAGUUUUGUAGCUAAAUAUUGAGAUACUGUUGCUCUCUCUCUUGCAGACAGUUUUUUAAAUAUAGUUUUAAUUACAAUUCUCAGUUCAUAUCUCUCACUCUUCAGCCUUUUUAUUAUUGACAAUAUGUCACAUAAAACGCUAUAUUAUUUCAUUAUCUACUUUGUGUGACAUGCCAGUAGAUAAUUAAAAUAAUCUAAUCUCUUAUUCAUUUUUAUAGUUCAAAUUGCAGAAUCGAGCUUUUCAAAAUGAUUAUUACACUUUUAAGCAUCAAAGUUACGUUUAUAUCAAUUUUCUAUAUCACUCUUAAUGUUAAAGGCAUUUAAUUACUACCAUUGCUUAGUGGCUUAUAUAUUCACAAUUUAAAAUUCGUUAUGUAUCACUGCUUGUGUCUCUGUUAUGUUUUAAAUUUUACGUCACAGAUAUAUCUCUCUUUGAUUUUAUAUAUUGCACUUAUAAUCACAUUAAUACAAAUUUAAAAACAUGCAAUAUUAAAUUUAUCAAUAACAAAUAUGAAUUUUAUCAUCUAUAAAUUUUGUUUCAAUUUAAAUCUUGAUAAAGUUAAAACAUAACAAAUUGAAUUCAUAUUUUCAAUAUUUUAUAAAAAGCUGCCUCACAAAAUGAUAUCAUGUACAGUUAAAACAAUCGUUAUUAAUAUUAUAAAUGUUAAUUAUAUCGAUAUUGUGAAUCGUUGCUACAUUCGUGGAAUAUUAUAAAUGAUCUUUCUAUACACAUCUGUUAUCAGCUGCCUAAAAGAAUAUUUACUAUCAAUGAUAUUUUAUAUGGAGAAAAAGAAUUUAUAUUAUUGAACAAAAAGAUCUUGCACACAUAAAAAUAUAAAAACUGAUAAUUAUUGACACAUGUAACUUUUAACUUAAUUAAUUGCUAAAUUGCAUUACCAUCCAUGUCUUUACUUAUCUUCUUUAUAAUUUAUAUUUCAUAUUUAAAAAAUGAUUCAUAUGGUUUUCUUAAUCAAGGUUUUAAGAAAAUAAUUAAAUACUAUUAUAUACUGUUCAGUGUUAAAAAUAAUUUUACUUCUUAAAAUUGGCGGAAAUAAAAUGUAGAACUUUCCAAUAUGUUCAACAUUACAAGAAAGUGCUAUUAUUUGUAAUGUACAUUUAUCACUCGCGUUUAACUUAGUAAUUUACAUCUUAGUUUUUUCUUAUAACUUGUUGUUUAACUUACUUAAUUAUAUGUUUUUGUAUUUUUCCAUUGUGCAACAUUUUAUAUACAAUUUAAAAAAUGGGACAUACAUGUUUCAGAUCUUUUAUAGUACAACAUGAUACAAAGAAAAUUUAAUUUAUAUGUGAGAAACGGCACAGACAGUAACACACGUAGCAACUUGACUAUAUGAAAUAAUUUUAUUAACAUAUUAUAAAAACCAGGUUCUAAAUGCGACCAGAGGGACAUUACGGUACAAGAACUGUGUACAGAGAAAAUACUAGUGAGAGUCUUAAAUAAAUAUCGAGACACGUAUGUAGCAAUGACAGUGUGAAGUCAUCUUUUUUUUUGCGUGCAUAGUUGCUGCUAUAUUGAUGUCCUAGAUCGACAGAUCAUGCCAGAUAGCUAUAUGUGUCCUUUUGACCCUCUGUGCGCUCCAGAUAUUCUUUUUCAAUUAAAAUAUCUAUACAUUUCUGAAAGAACAUUAGUAAUUUUUCUUGGUUUCAAUCAUUCAUUAUUUACAUGUUUGCUUCCUGUGAAAUAGCAAAAACUAAAAAGUUCAUUGAUAAUUUACAGGAGCAAUUUUUUAUAUUUUAAUGAUUUUAGUUCAAUAAAACAUCACGUUAGCAUGAAAAAAUUUACAUAGCAUGAAAAAAUACAUUGUACAUAUAUUUAAAAUUUCAUUCAUCUUUUUCUUCGACAAUGUAUGUGUAAUGUUCUUUUAUCUAUCUUAUAGAAAAGAGUAGAUAUUCGAUAUUAAACAAUUAAAUUAAUUGUUAGAAAUAAAAGGAUUAACGUGUCGUUAUACUCUAUAAAAAAAAAAAAAUUAAAUACUCACUUUAAUAACAUGUACUCUUGGUUUAAACCUGGAACUCAAUUGAUUUAAAACUUCUGCCACUAGUUGUUGAUGCUUCAGUACUUUUCUCAUUUUCAUAAUUCUAACAAUUGCUGCUUGUAUUAAAAGUUUUCUAUCUUCUUCUAUGUGUUUGUGUGUUGUUUCUUGCUCGACUUUUAAUUCCGUUUUCAUUGGUAUAUUGAUAUUUACCCUUAAUUUUUUACUGAAAUAAAAAUGCAUUCCAAAUAUUAUAAAGAAUACAAACAAUGAUUAUAUGUAAGAAAAAAAAAAAGAAAGAAAGAAGAUUACAUACUUUUUAUAGCCUGAGAAAAGUUCUACCACUGACAUAGGUGUUAACUCAGUUUCGUCAUCGUUAACUGCUGUUAAUAGCUUAGCUUUUAAAAGUAUUUGUACAACCUGCAAAAAAUUAAAAUAACAACGAGAUAAUAUAUUAUCUUUUUUUUUUUUAAAUUUUCUAUAUUACCUGAAGUAAAAAAUCCAUUUUUAUUUGAGUAGCAUCAUGUAAUUGUUGUAUUGUCCAUAUAGUUGAUCCAUUGUAUUGCAGUAAAACUGCCAUUUGAAAAGUUGAUGCUUGUAAUGUAUACCUAUGAAACAUGAAAAUACAUUCUUCAGAUCAAACGAAUAAUAAUAUAA